AAACCAACAGACUGCUGCUGCUCCGAGUCCUCCUGAUUAGCUGAUCACAGACACUCAAACUGUCAACAACAACAACAACAACAACAACAACAGACUGUGAGCACGUUCAGUCUGCAGGAAGCUGCUGAUCAUGGCCUCAAGAAAAAGACGACAUAGCAUGUCCUCGCCUGCUUCUUUUUCUGAAUUAAUUAACAAACUCGAUGACGGCGCAGCUUCAUUCAUCCACAAGUUUACCAGCAGCAAACAAGAUAUGCUCUCGAUCGUGAGAGAGUUUGAGAAGGUCGCCGAUGAUGUGAGAAGGAUGCAGCGGGAGACAGACACAGCCCGAACAGUCGGAGCUGUAGUCGCGGUCGGCUCCCUGGUUGCUGCUCCGUUCACAGGAGGGCUGAGCCUGCUCGCUGCAGAAGGAGGAGCUGCUGUUGUUGUUGGUGCCAAUAUCGUAAAAAUGAUAAAAGAGAAAGGGACUGUAGAAAAAGUAGAGAGGCUCGGGAAACGCUUCAUGGAACUCGUUGAGCCGCUGAAGAGCAAAGUGACCGAAAUAAGCGAGAUGUGUGAAGAGCUGGAGGAACGAUCGAUUGGAAGUCAGGCCAAACGGGUGAAGUUAGACGUGGAGGAGUUUGGGUGGAUUCUGGAUCGAGUGUCCGAGCUGGCAAGAAGAACCAAAGAGGUCCGGACUGUCUUCAUAUUAGUGUGCAGUUUUAUGGCGAACAUGUGGGGGUUAAUUUUGAGAAUCAUCAGAGUGACAACGAGCACUGAAGACGAUGAGAAGUUAAUCGAGUCCAUCCUCAAAGCAGCUGAUCAGUGUCAGAAGGUCGUCACGGAGUGUGAUCGGCUGAAGACGAAACUCGAAGUGUUUAGAGAACGUUAAAGAUACGAACUGCAGUUUGAGGAAAAGCAUCGUUCAGUCAUGUCAGCAUUUAUCACCAGAUCUGCAGUCUCAUUUUAAAUUUAGCUUUUCAUCACAGA